AUGGUGAGAGACACGUACCACUACCGCCGAAGCACGCUUGUCUACUUGACCACCAAGUAUACCACUCCUUUCAUUUCCUUUGGUGCUGUAUCUUUUUUAGGCAACCCACAAGUUGAUUCGCAACCCGUUAUCUGGGCCAAUGAAAAUUCACGGGGAUUUGAAGUCCCGAACGAGAAAAAUUCGAGCAAUUUCGCCUUUCUUUUUUCUCUUCUCUUCAGUUCGUUUUGGUACAGCUUUGGUCUGUAGUACAGAUGCACUGCUCUGUGCCAU